CUUGUCAGUUUUGUUGUAUUGGCAGGUUAUGUGUCGUUGAAUAUUUAUAACUUUUUUCGCUUUUCAAUAAGUUAUGACUGUUUAUAACAUCUAUAUAUUCGAUAGAUCGGGUACCUUGUUAUACUAUCAAGAAUGGAACAGAUUCAAACAGUCUGGGAUGACACGCGAGGAGGAAGCAAAGCUUAUGUACGGUAUGCUGUUUUCCAUCAAAUCUUUCGUUACGAAAAUCUCCCCCACGGACACUAAAGAAGGUUUCCUCUACUACAAAACUUCAAAGUAUACUUUGCAUUACCUGGAAACGCCUUCAGGGCUGAAGUUUGUCUUGAACACAGAUGUACAUUCGCAAGGCGUCCGAGAGAUUCUUCAGCUGAUCUACAGUCAGGUGUAUGUAGAGUAUGUAGUAAAAAAUCCUAUGUGCAACCUGUCUCAACCUAUUAGCUCUGAAUUGUUCAAAACUAAGCUUGAUGCCUAUAUCAAACAACUACCAAUUUUUACUACUAAAACUGUUUGAAAUGCAUUUACUGUUACUAAUGGAUAACAACAAUGGAGGAAACAUUUAAGCAUAGGAAAUGUUAACAUACUAUGAUUUAACAGUAUUUGUUAUAGAACCAUAUGUACUUGCAAUCACCAUAUUGUAUUGUUUUCUGGCAAGUAGCAUUGUUUUAUAUCAAUUCAUACUAUGACUGAUUUAUAUGCCAAUACAUCUAAGACUAAAAGCGAGUAGAAUAAUUUUAUGUAAUUCAGUAAUGAUAUCAUCCAAGUGGUGCUCAUUGAGCUACUGAUUGUGUAGGUAAAUAUUAUUGUUUGUCCAUUGGGAUGAUCCAUAAGAUGUUUGCUUAUAAAUCAUUGUCCAAUCUAGCUCAGUCAGACAAUUUCAGAGGAAAAAGAAUGUGAAAAUUGGAGGAAUCUGGAAAACCAAAACAAAGAGAAGUAGAUCUAUUUAAAAUGUACAUAUAUCCAAAUUGUUUAAAAACCAGGCUUAAAGGCAGAAUUGCUGAUUACAGAGCCUUAUUCAAUUAACUAGGAAAUCUAUACUUAUUGGUUUGGUUUAAAGUCCUGAUUUUUCUGAUUUAGACAAUACCUUUCAGUUGCCACCAUCUUGGGGAAUUAGUAGGGUAGAGAAUACCUCAAAAGGUGCAAUUUAGAAGUUCAUAGAUAAACAUGAGUUGAAUUUGAUUUAAAAAGUAUCUCAGAUAAGCUCACCCCACUUCAGUUCACUCAGUUUAUUGCAUCUGUAUUUAUCAAAAUCUCAGUUUAAAUGUAGUAAGAUUUCUUUCACAUUUGAUAGCCUCAUUAUGUUUGAUGCAAUGAACAGAACAAACAUAUUGUGCAAAAAAAUCAUUCAACUUGGGACAGUCAAAAGAGAAUAAAUAUUUGAAAUUGAAGUAGAUUUGACACACUUGUUUUAAAUACACCAAACUAAAUUACUGAAAAUUAUCCUACCUAUCCUCAAAAACAUUGUCUAGACAAAACAUUUAUUCUUCAAUUAUGUUUUCACAUAAACUAUGCUUAUACAUACAUAAUGUAUCAUAAUAAAUGGAAAAUAGAAAUAAUUUACAUGAUUCUAAAAACAGCAGUUUUUUCACUUUAAAGUUCCAAAGGUAUGUAAAAAUAUUGACAGCAGUUUAUCCACUUGCCAUAAAGUUUAACUGACCCAUUGAGAAUUCAUAAUUUUUGCUAAAUGUGGCCUUACUAUUCACAAAAAACUUAUACAGAUUGCCUGUAGGUUGCUAAUUUGAUAGUAACAAUGCUUUUAUGAUAACUAAAGGACUAAUCUUUUAUAAGGGAUAACACCAUAGAGUAUUCAACAUUACUCUUAAAAAUUCAAUUGUGCAUUCAAUAUUCUAAAUUCUCAGGAAAUGAAAAGGGAAAAGUGUAGCACAAAAGAAUUCAAUGUGUUCUGUGAAACUGUCUGAGUAUUGAGUAUUUUACUUACCUUCCUGGGCAACUGUCACAAAGAAUUACCUAAUAUACAGUUGCUAUGAUGCUUUAGCUGUAUGUAUGUAUAGUAUUAGUGGUAACAGACUGUAUUUAUUGUAUAACAUUGUAUUUAAUCUUCCAACAAAGUUUUACACUCCUGAUUCAUUCACUCAAUAAAUCAGCAUAGAAACAUUACUUUUCCAAUGAAACAAUAUUUAGGAAAACCACUUUAUAUAAAAUCAGACUAGCAUGAUAUUUGUUGUAUAACAUUGUAUUUAAUCUUCCAACAAAGUUUUACACUCCUGAUUCAUUCACUCAAUAAAUCAGCAUAGAAACAUUACUUUUCCAAUGAAACAAUAUUUAGGAAAACCACUUUAUAUAAAAUCAGACUAGCAUGAUAUUUAUUGUAUAACAUUGUAUUUAAUCUUCCAACAAAGUUUUACACUCCUGAUUCAUUCACUCAAUAAAUCAGCAUAGAAACAUUACUUUUCCAAUGAAACAAUAUUUAGGAAAAAAACUAUAUAAAAUCAGACUAGCAUGAUAUUUUUUGAACACCUUCAGUUCCAUUGUGCUUAUUUUCAAAUCUGCCAAAACCCAUCAAGCCACAAUGAAACCUAUCAAUUAGGUGUCCCUUCACAUUCGGUCUUAUUUAAAUUUGGUUCUGAUUCUGAUCGUUUUAGUGUUUCAUCGAGGGGAUCACUUUCAGUUUCUAUUUCACUUUUGAUAUCUGGAAAGCUUCUUGUUACUGGUUCAUCACUCAUCUGCUCAAUUUUGAUAUCAUCACCUAAAAAUAGUUUGAAUAUAUGUGAGCAUUUUGUGACAGUCCGAUAAUGCUUAAUAACUGACGAGUGUUGUCUCCUAAAUAAGCAGUACCUUCUACUUUCAAUAGUUCCUCGUUCAAACUAGCAUUUUUCAAAUCCACGUUGCUAUUAUCAAAAAUGACGGCUGCACCUAAACCGAGACUACCUAGAAUUGUUUGAUCCACAUCACUAGGAUCUAUUUUUAUAUUAAUAUCCAAUGGCGGAAAACCAUUUGACAACAAACUUGAUUUUAUGUCUUUUGCUCUACCUGGAAAAGGAAAACAAAGUUUAAGAAACAAUACAUACCUAGAUUGAAAAGUGGGCCGGAAGAUAAAAUGUGCGAGACUAAUAAUCACCUUCUCAAAUGAGGUAUGUAUAGAAUUUUUAGUAAUAUAGCCUUGAUGGACAGCAAACGAAAACUGAGCAACUCUAUUCAAAGUACCCCCUUACCAGAACGGUCACUGUGAAAAUAAAACAGCAAGCUGUCUGUUAUAACUGUAUCCCAGUUUGCUGAUUCUGGUGGUAUGAUAGACACAAGUUACUCCUUAUUGAACAAACUAGUAACACAGACGACCAACCAUGGAUAGAUUGUUUCGUGCUAUUUGGCAACUCCUCAGCAUGACAAUGCGGACAGGAAUUCACUUCCAACAGACAUCUUGCUGUUUUAACUUUCGCGGUGGUCGAUUCUGGUAAUAGAUGGCACUUUGUACAGAAGUAACGUGAAUAUCGAGUGUCCCACGUGUCUGAAAAAAAACCUUCACUCAUACAUAAAAAUAAUUUAGGUUUUAUCGUUCCCAAAUCUGAAAUUGUUCGGAAGGCAGCACAGAACCCAUAAGAUUUAAAUUCAGGGUUCAUGAUGGCUAUGCAUGCCAACGAUUGAGUAAUUUUUCGAAAUGAUGGCUUGGGGCCUUGCAUUGUCUACAAUCAAUAAAAAUGUAGAUUUAAGAUGUCAAAUAUAUGCAUUCACAAUGUCUUGAAAAUGUGCUUCUUUUGUAAUAGAAUAGUCGUAAUUCAAUGCUAACUAAAUACUGCAACUGCGUGCUAAAUUUUAAAGUGAAAAACGUACACCUUGCUAUUACAAGACUCAAAUAAAAACGCAAAAAAGUAGUACUUGGUGCAUCGUUUUGGUUUGGGCUGAUCCAUCCAAUGGGAGUACAGUACAAACAUUAUUUCAAUUGUUGGGAUAUUCAAGAAAGAGAACUACCCAUGUCAUAAACAAUUUUUGUAACAUGCCAAUAAGCCACACACUGUAGAAGCUGACAGAAUGCUGGUUCCUUAAUAGAACGUAAUAAUUAUAGCAACUACAAUGAUUUCCUUAUAUCCUAUUGUUAUACAGCUUUUCGAGUUCUGAUUUUGAAAAUCACUCGAUCCAUCCAAACGAAAUUCGACAUCGAAAACGUUCACCAUUAGAGGGCUUCCAUCGUCUAUUGAAGCAAGUAAAAACAUUCACUCACUAUUUGGGGUGUAGUUCGACGAAACCUGAUCUCCACAUUCAUGUGGCUGUUCAAUGAUGGUAUGUGACGGACUUGUCGCAUGAUCCACCUUGAGUCUAGCCCCGGUUAACGGGCUGUUACAUCGCUGUGUUAAGGGCGAAUUCAUUGAAGUCCGUUCUUGCUUAUGCUGCGAUAUCAGGUCACACGCUUUACCCAAGAUUAAAAGGCUAUUCGUUAUUUUGAAAGUUCCUGUAAAGGAUGAUAUAAGUUGGAUUGGAAAAACUUGAAUAUGUACUUAUAUAUACUCAAAAAAUAUAUCAAGCAGUUCAAAUCUGGUUUAUAUCAAAGUCCGUUAAGGCGGAGAGUUGAUGGGUAUUUGAUGUAUAAGAAAAAUUUGUGGAAAAUAUAUAAACUGGAAACGUAUAAAUUACUAGCACCAAAAAAUUGACAUAUACUAUCCCACCUCCAAGGUCAGGAUGCUUUGAAAUAUCAAAGAAAUUAUGAUUGGGUACUUACAAAGUACAGGGUACCCAGGAGAAGACCAACAUUAUCAAAGCCCAUUUGUUGUUUGAACUGCAGGCAAAAAUAUUCCAAAAAACCUAUCUUAGGACUUAAAUUUGCUACAAGCUGGUGGAAAACUUGUUUAACGAAUUUAUCUGUUAAUGACCUUUGAUAUAAACUGCAUCAUUUGGACAUAAGUUUAUUGGAGUACAGUAUUACAAGGACUAGGAUAAAUGUUUGCAAUUUUGUAUUAUAAGUAAAACUGAAUAUCAAACGUUAGGCAGAUAUCUGGAAAUCGUUAGCUGACAUAAUGCAUGUGAAUAAUGUGUAUGUCAAUAUGAAACAUGCAGCAAAGCUCUAAGAUUGGCGAGACGGCCUUUAAAAGUAACUGCCAAGUUUAUAAUUUAUGAAUUUCAGUAAACUGAAUUUGUUUUGGGAUUAGUCCAGAUAUACCUGGAUAGGUUGUAGUGAAUCCUUAAUAUUUUCAACAUUAAACAUGAUCACAAUUUAUUAAAAAUUACUUUUCAAUCCGGUGUUUUACCUUCAUCCUAAUGUAUCAACAAAGAUCUAGAGAACUAUUGCAUGCUCAAUUCAGAUCGUAAUUAUGGGUACUUAUUUUUUAAUUGCAUUGAAUACUGGUACAAUUAAAUCGGUCAGUGCAUAUUAUUUUGAAAGUACACUUAAAUAUCGACUGAUUAACAUGCCACGUGUUUUAAUGUUGCAUGUUUUAAUAGUAUUAAGGUACAUCAGGAAAGUCGAAUUUCCUGUUUUACAACUAUCGUGAAUCGACCAUAAAUUCAAAAUUCUUCAACAAUCGUUAAUCGGGAGGAUCCAGGGUCUUAUUUUACUAUUCAGGCAUCAAACCGUACUUUUUCAACAAAAAAAUUUAUAAAGGACUUCUCAGUCAGGAAACAAGAGAACUUUUAAACGAGUGAUUUUAGUCAAAGCGGAUAAGGCCUUCAAUCUUAUUUCUGUAGUUGUGGAUUUAAAAUUUAUGUUUUAGCGCUCAUAGCAAAAAAUAUGAAAAAGAAAGAAUAUGACCCAUUCAAGUACCCACCGUCGCGUCUAGCAGUGCGUGCAAAAACGUAAGUCCCGAACUUACAAUAUUUUUGCACUCAACGUGAAUUACCUCGUGCUAUUUGGAGGGGAAGGAAUAGAGUGACUUACGAGGUGUAUACCCAAAAUGAGCAUCUACCUUUAAUAAAGCGUUUUAGAUAUAAAAAGCGUGUUGGUAGAACAAGCCUUUGCAAUGACCGAUUUAAUUAUAUGAGAUUUGUAUUUACUUUGUUUUGUGUAACAACCUGUAUUGAUUAUUCAGAAUAAAGGCACGAUCACUUCAUCGGCGAGUUUUUCAAAAAUAAAAAUAAUUAUAAACCAAGAUAGUACUUGCCGUAGGUCACAAUUUAUAGAUGUAUGUAUGUAUGUAUGUUCAAUGAAAUUAACCAUUUGUUUUCAAGAUAAUUUAUCUAAGCUGUUCAUGUGCUCUCUUAAGAAACUUG